CUGGACAACAUCAACUUGUACUGUUACCACAACGUGUUGCUGUGCUAUAGCUAUUUCUUUCAAAGCUCUUUCGGAUGACCAGUUCGGACAACAAUGAUGCAGCCAUGCAACCAUCGAUAGCUGUGGGAACAGAAGAACAGGAGGGAGAUUUCCUAUCGACGAUGAAGACAUUCGAUUUCGCGAUCAUCGAUGAUGAUGAUGAUGAUGAUCCUGAGCUUGAUCUUCCGUCCCAAGUAACGAAUCCACCAAACUUCACAGUCCCAAGCAAUGUACAGCCUCAAGUUCUAAGACCGUCCUCUCAACAACCCACCGUAGAAACGCUCCGGUCUCUCGGAAUUAAAGUGCGAGAUUUUGCGUAUGAAAGUACUUUGCCACCCAUCGCGCCUAUCCCGAGAGUUCCACGCCAGACUCAGCCUAGUGCAAGGCCGCUGAAACGUACCAGAGGGGACUGGGAAGAAGAAGAAGAUGGAGCGCCAUCGCAUUCUUCACGUCCGCAAUUCGGACGCGAAGCCACCAAUGCUGGCAUGCAAGCAAGUAGCAAGCCCGAGUCUCUUGUGCGAAAAGCCACUGAGCCACUUGAAUUUAACACUUCGCCCGUUUCAAAACGCGCGAUGGCACGCGCAGACUUGAGUAGACCUGUUCUAUUUGGAAGUCAACUACCCUUCCGUACGCCUCGUUGCGCCCUUAAAGCUCGUCAUACCCCGCCAAGAAGAUUUUCCACAACUCCGCUGACUUCCCCUCUAUUUGGGUCGCCAUCAGAAGAGCCAUCCCAGGGGGGAUCACAGGGGUCGGCGUUAGUGAUGACACCUGCUGAACCUGCGUCCUGGAAUAUCGAAGAUACCGGCUCGAUACCCGCUUCGCACAUGGACACAGACUCGUUGGCUUUUGUGCCAGAAGAAAUAUCUUACCCCCAGCUAGGGCUUUCCUCUCAGUCUCCGCAACUUGCCACGUCGCUUUCUACUCCCAUAGUCACCCCUAGUCACGUUUCGCCGCCGUCUCAGGGAGUUGAUAGCUUUGAGUCGUCGCAUCCUAUUCUACAAAAACCGAAAUUCAGCCGGGAAUCCAAACGUAGCGUGAAAAGUUCGGCGCCCAAAGUUUCUACGCAGACGUCCCCUCGUUACCUCCUGCGUCGACGAUCCCUAUUGUCCGUUCAUACUCCCACGCGUUCGCGGUAUCCCCAUCCUCUCACUCCCACGAAGAAAGGAAGCCCAAAGGGUUCUCCGGCUCCUCGCUGCAGACGUUUGCAGCGACCUGUGCUAUCGAGGUGAAUUUUAGAUGCCUAGAUUCGGUUGAUGAUAUGACAACUUGGUACAAGGAAGGGUUUAAAUUAUUUUUAUUGCUGUUGUUUCAAGAUACAUUCCAUUCGAGGAGUAUACCGUGUAC